AUGACAUUCCAUGCCAUAAACUGUGCUAUUGGCAUGAAUUCUGCUUUGUUUUGGAGAUGUUUGCUAUUGAUCACGUCAGUGCUAGGCGAGGGCAAGGCUACCUGCAUUCUACGAGGUGACUUUAACCUGCCUGGGCUACUCCAGGACGGAGAUGUUGACAUUGGCGGCUUGUUCCCUAUGCACUAUAGAGCAGGUGUAACUGAUCUCGCUUACCAACACAAACUUACAGUACCUACAUGUCAAAGUUUUGACUUUAGAGGGUUUCGCUGGGCACAAACUAUGAUUUUUGCCAUUGAAGAAAUAAACAAAGACUUGAGCUUGCUUCCGAAUAUAACAUUAGGUUACAAGAUUUACGACUCCUGUGCAACACAUGUCCAGGCUCUGAGAUCAACUCUUACCAUCCUAAGUGGACCAGAAGUGAUCGAAUCAGAUGAAAAAUGCCCUAAAGAUGUAUCUAUGCCAGCAAUUAUUGGAGAUUCCGGAUCAUCACAAUCCCUAGUGGUAGCAAGAACAAUAGGACCCUUCAGAAUCCCUAUGGUUAGUUACUUUUCGACCUGUUCAUGUCUCAGUAACAGGCGCGAGUUCCCUACAUUUUUCCGAACUAUUCCCAAUGAUGAUUAUCAAGUCAAGGCCAUAGUCCAACUGGUGAAGCACUUUGGUUGGACUUGGGUUGCCGCGAUUUCUGAGGAUGAUGACUAUGGAAGAUUUGGAAUUCAAGCACUCACUGAAGAACUUGAGAAACUGGGCGUGUGCAUGGCCUUUUAUGAAAUGAUUCCUAAAGUUUAUUCCCAUGACAGGAUUCUUCAUAUUGUAGAACGAAUCAGGAUGUCAUCUGCGAAGGUUAUUGUUGCCUUUUCUGGCGAUGGAGAGAUAUUUCCCUUAAUGCAGGAAAUUGUCAAACAAAAUAUAACAGGUGUACAAUGGAUAGCAAGUGAAGCCUGGAUAACAACUCCUCUAUUUUCCCCAAGUCUGUUCUAUGACACAUUAGGUGGGACCAUAGGAUUUGCUAUUCGUAGAGCAGAUAUUCCAGAGCUGAAAGAAUUUUUACUUACGCUUCACCCUUCUUUAUUUCCUGGCAAUGCAUUGGUAAAAGAGUUUUGGGAAACAUUGUUCAGUUGUUCAUUCGACAUGAUAGACAACACUCCACAACAAGCCAAUGCAACACAGCCCCAAUGUUCAGGACUGGAGAACAUAGAUGCAGAUUAUAACAUGUACUCAGACGUCACCCAGCUUAGAAUUUCAUACAAUGUAUAUAAGGCAGUCUAUGCUAUAGCUCAUUCUCUACAUAGCUUAAUUCUCUGUGAAAAUGGGGCUGGACCAUUUGAAAAUAAAACAUGUGGAAACAUUUCACACCUCAAACCAUGGCAGCUCCAGUACUAUCUGCAGGAAGUGUCAUUUACUGACAGUCUGGGAGAAGUUGUGGAUUUUGAUGAAAAUGGAGACCCCAUUGCCUCCUACGACAUUAUAAACUGGAAACAAGGUGCUGACGGGUCAGUUCAGUUUGUGACCGUGGGGCAUUAUGAUGCUUCUGAAGGUUCAGGACAUAAACUUGUGCUGAAGGAAGAGGAUAUUAUUUGGAACAGAGGUCAGAAUAAGGUGCCGCAAUCAAUGUGUACGAUAAGCUGCCCACCAGGCACCAGAAAAGGGGUUCGAGAAGGCGAACCUAUUUGCUGCUUUGACUGUCUCCCAUGUGAUGAUGGGGAAAUCAGUAACCAGACUGAUUCCAUUAAAUGCACAAAGUGUCCAUUGGAUUUCUGGUCCAAUCAUGAAAGAGUCCAGUGCAUUCCAAAGGAAAUCGAGUACCUUUCUUAUGAAGAAACAAUGGGCAUUAUGUUAACAGUGAUUGCAUUAUGUGGAGCAUGCAUCACCAAGGCUGUCGCCGCCAUUUUCUUCUGUUACAGGAAAACUGUCAUUGUUCGGGCUAAUAAUUCUGAACUGAGCUUUUAUCUUCUCUUUUCCUUGACUUUAUGCUUCCUAUGCUCUGUCUCCUUCAUUGGAAAGCCGACACACUGGUCAUGCAUGAUAAGACACACGGCAUUUGCCAUCAGCUUUACUCUCUGCAUAUCCUGCGUUCUUGCAAAAACAGUAGUGGUUCUGAUUGUGUUUAAGGCCACACUGCCUAACAACAACACAUUGAAAUGGUUUGGUCCCCUACAGCAAAGAGCUGGCAUCUUCAUCUCAGUAUCUGUACAAGUCUUGAUUUGCAUUAUAUGGUUGGUGUCAUCCCCUCCAUUCCCUUCAAAAAACACACAGGUGUCAAAUGCCAAGAAUAUUUUGGAAUGUGACGUUGGCUCUGUGGUUGACUUCUGCUGUGUGUUUGGCUACAUUGGGUUCCUUUCUGCCAUGUGUUUUAUUUUGGCAUUCUUGGCAAGAAAGCUUCCUGACAACUUCAACGAAGCAAAAUAUAUAACCUUCAGCAUGCUGAUCUUCUUUGUGGUUUGGAUAGCAUUCAUACCAGCUUAUGUCAGCUCUCCAGGAAAAUACACAGUAGCUGUAGAAAUCUUUCCUAUCCUGUCAUCCAGUUUGGGGAUGCUCAUCUGUAUAUUUGCCCCUAAAUGUUACAUUCUGUUGCUGAAACCAGAAACAAACACAAAGAAGCACCUUAUGGGUAGGGAAUCCUUGGGCAACAAGCUCUGA